AAGACAACCUCAAGCGCAUUUCUGAAAAAGGACGUCGAUCGCGGUGAUGAUACAGAUAAGGAUGAUCAAGACGACGAGAUGGAAAUUGAUGAUAAUGAGGAGGACGAGGCGCUUCAAUUCAAGGAGAGACUCACCAUGAAUGAAAUGGCCGACUUGUUUGAAGUUUGCAGAGCCAAGUGGCCGGUGAAAUAUCUCUCAGUUCUCGUUUACAUGACCCUGCGAAGUGUCGGCGCAAGCUGGAAUAGUGCGAGACGUUCUUGAAAAAUCUAGGUCAGUUACUCGAAUAGGAGAAUUGUUUUUAAUGCAGAAAGUCUAACGGUUCAGCUGGUACUUCAGUUGUCACUGCCCACAAGUGGUCAGUGAUCUUUCUCGCAGGAGAGAUCGAGUCCUUCGAGGGAGACAAGCGCAUUGGGAAGCAUUCGACCUCGUUCUACAACUACUUCUCGAGGAGGCCGCCUUGCAAUACACUCAUGAGCACUGCUCUCAAAAGGCGGUAGACUUCACAUCAAUGGACUUGGCAAACUGUAUUGACAAUCAAUACUACAAAGUCAUCAAGACCAAGAAAGGUAUUUUGUCUUGAUCGAUCCCAACAUCUUUCUUUUGAAACUGGGUGUAACUUUAGAGCCUGCCAGUCCUCUAAUUCGAUCAGUUGCCUCUGUGCACCUCGAUCUGAAGAGGUGGGGUGCCAAAUUCGCAGGAAAUGGUCAACGUCCUUAUUUCGAAGGCCAUGAGCGGGCAGAUGUGAAGAAACACCGCGGGGAGUUCAUCAACCACUUUCUCUCUCACAAGAACGAAUACUGGACGUCCAAGGAAGGGGAUUCGCCAGACUGAGUGGUUCCUAGCCAGUAGCCUCAGCGUGUGCUGCUUUGUAAGCGCCAGUCGAGCUCACCUUCUACCACAUCAUAAAUAUUGAUGUUUCUAGUUCAUGACGAAUCUACCUACAAGUCUGGAGAAAUCAGUAGUAAGAGGUGGUUCAUCGAAGAUGCUCCUUUCAUAUCAAGGGCCGUGGUCGUAGUCGAAUGGCCUCGGAUUUUAUUGUGCAGCAUCCUUCUGGCCCGUUCUUUUCACUUUCUCCCGGAGAAAGUCACUCGACCCGGUCGAGUGACAGGAAGUCCUCAACUGGACUGCAAGUGAAAGUCGUAGUGGACAAGGCUCGGUAACUGCUCUAUAUUAUUCCGUUAGAGAUAAGAUGCAAUGAAUUCUUAAUUUUAGCACGCACACUACCAAAUCUCACAGUGUCUAUGAUUUCGGCAAAGGCAUUGGCACUCAGUAUUCUGUGGACAAAAUCGAAUACAAAAGGUAGUGAUGUAUCAACUGUUUCACUGCUAAAUCUAUUGAUUACUCUCUUAGACUCUAACAAUCAGAAUCAAAUGAUAUAUUGCAGAUUCCAGAGUGGAGUUAACAAAGGAAAAACAAAAGGACUUCUGCAGAUCGCUAAGGAGCUGAAAGUUCCUCUUCCAGCUAAGAUCACUCUACCCGAGUUACGGAACCGAAUGUCCGAUCAUCCUGCAUUUCAGGCAGUAAGAAACUUCUUCCGAUUAUUCCAUAUUCUGUAUUUUAAAGGUGUCUCGCUUGGAAUAACUCGCUGAUAAGUACAAGGUGAUCAUUCGAUGGUGUCCGAAGUUCCAUUGUGAGUUCAAUGUAAUCGAGGGACUCUGGUGCUCGUCCAAGUGUUUCGUCCGUCGGAGAACCGACCAGAACUACUCGACAAUGUCAAGCUAAUUGUCGAAUCCCGCGAUCACUUUCAAACGAGACGCUUCACCUGAAACUGUUUCGCCGUUUCUGGCGCUGUACACCGUUUAACAAGAAAAUCAAAAUAUUGUGAUCAUAUUUCCUUAAAAACCCUCUAAAAAUCCUUUGAAGAUCCACUGAAGACACACUAUAGUUCUGGACAAUAGCACCAUCGUCUUCCUCAUCAUUUUCUACCCUUAGACCGGCAUUAGAACGUCAAUCGGAUAAAAACUCGAAAAGUUGGUGAAAAGGGUUCUGGCCGUUGGACUCCGACUUUAGUAAAUGAGGUAUAAUUUUUGCAAGAGACUUUUUCUCAAAAAAUUGCUCGUAUAACUUUGUAGAGCUUUUCAAGGCGCGCCGAAUGGUGUCAAGUUUUUGUUUCUACGACCUUCCCACGGGGACUUGAAAAGUUUGGGAGAAAAUUUUGGAUCUUUGGAGUCUGCUACGCCGAAAAACCAGUCGAAGGUUUCGAACACUAAAAAGCGCAUGGCUAGAAUCCGUUCUCAACGCUAAAUCCGAAUAUCGAAACCGCAGACUUGUACGACAUCAGGGGGAAAAGUUAUGAAGCUUUUUCGGAAUCUCGAUCUUUUUCGAGGAUUCGAUCGAGAUUUAGUUUUCGGUCUUUUUCACCCGGAAGAAAAAUUCCAAAAAAUGUCGGGACCACAUAUUCGUGAUCAGCGAAAGCAACUGCAUCGAAUGAGGUAUAAAAAAACGAAAUCUAAAAUCCACUAAAACCUUGGCUUAGCGGCACCUUACAAAAUGUUUCCAGUAAGACAAUACAAAGUUAUUCCUUCUGUAAAAAUAAAUAAAUGAAGACCUUUGACAGAGCUAAAACAUGUCGUGAUCAAGAUUCAUCGUUUUUCACUUCUACUGUCCUAUCUAUUAUCAGAAAAACAAUGAAUUAAACGUUUUGUAUUAGUAGCGCCAUUAGAUAUGGAUUUAUUAAAUACAAAGAAUACAAACAAGGUAAAAUGUGUUGCUUUUAAUGAAAAGUCUUGUAAUAAUAUGCUUCUUCAAGAAAUAAGCUGUAAUUUAUUAUAUUAGGUCCCUGCCUUCCCGAAAACACGAAAGUUUUUGCGUUGUGCAAAGAUCUUGAUGACUUCCAUGAAUUGUUCGAAGGAGAAGCAAGAAGUCGGAGCCUUCAUGAUAACAAAUGCCACAACUCUUAGUCAUAAGAUAAUUCAUCUUGAGACUUGAAAUUAUGCCUUUUUUUUUCCUUCUUCCUCCAUCUUAUUUUUGUCUUUUUAAUCUUUUUUCCGGAUAUAUGUACAUGUAGAGAUAAAUGUAGAAGGUGUGUCUCAUAAUGUAUUGUCUGAACUUCAUCUCAUAGACACAAAAUUCGAGCGCAAAGAGCUAUAUUUUCCCCAAUAUCUCAGCAAAAUCAACUAGGAGUACUCAAUUUAUGCAUAUCUCGAUAUUCUGAUUAAUUAAUUUUUCUUGCUCUUUGAUCUAUAUUUCUUCCUUCUGAUUUUUUCACUUAUAUAUCGAAACACAGUACUUAUAUAGCACGACUUUUUUCUGAAGGAACAUAAUAUAUGAAUAGAACAACUUUCAUAUUUUUUUCGAAAUCUAUUUUUAUUUGUAAUGUUCUUUUAGGCAAACAUUCCUUCUUGUCUAACUAUUGAGUUAACAGAAAUUAUUGAAGAUGAUCCAAGACUGGAGUAUCCGAAUUUAAAUGAACAUAUAUUAAAUCAAAUAGAGAAUCAAUUUCGCGUUUUAUUUUCUGAACAUGAUAAAAAACUUUUAUCCAGAAUCUGUGCAAUUGCUAUUCAUACAAUGAAAAACAACGCCAAGAAAAAAGCACGUAAACAUAAAAUUACAUUAAAGACAUUUACUAAGACAACAUUUCAACUACAAACAACUAAUUUACUGUCCGUUAUAUCUGCGUCGUCAUCGUCGUGUGUAUCUACAAUUGUCCGUAUUCCACCAUGUCGAGUCAAACUAUUAACACAUUACAAUUAUCAAUCGCCUAAAGCAUCGAUAAAUCAAGACUGUCCACCUACAGCCAUAUUUUCACCUUUACCCGAUUCACAAAGUAUUACAUUUCGUUCGAAUGAAUCAUCACCAACCGCCGUUCAAAUGAGAAACACAAACUCAAACAAAGAAGAAAACGACCGUAUUAUCACUUAUUGGAAAUUAAAAAAUAAUAUAUCUGAUCAUGCCGUGAAUGAACUACAUAAAAUCCACACGUCAAUACCGAGCAUUUGGUCGAUAAGAAAUGUUCGUAAGCGAUUAAAUAAUAAUAUCCAUGUGAAUAAUACAGAAUUUGGUUCAUAUAUUGCAAUGAAAGAUGCUAUUAAAACUUUAAUUCAUACAAAUGGCUCGACAAAAACAGAAAUACGAAGAAAUAUUACAAUACCUCUGUCUAUUGAUGGAACUCAAAUAGGCGAAAAAACAAAAGUUCUGGUAUUAUGUAUUAGCUGUACACAGUUUAAUUCAAAACAACAAAUGGCAUCAAAAUUAUUACCAAUAGGUUUAUUUAAAAUUGAUAUAGAAGAUUAUGAAACAGUCAAAAAAGUUAUACCAAAUGAAAUUAUUAGUAGUUUAAUUCAAGAUCAAAAACUAAUUAUUAACGGUGAACAGUUUUCCAUUAAGUUCAAAUUCGAACCAUCAUCGCCACAGUACCACCAACCGAUUGUUGUGCCAAGAUGGAGAUUUGAUCAGCCCGAUGUUCGUUUAAAUUGA